UCAUGUUUCUCUACCAACUGCUCAGCUUUUUCUUUGUAGUUUCUAAAAAGGAAGAGAAGCCCAAAUAUGAUUUAUCUCUGUACAAGCGCGGCGACUUGCUUGAGGUACCCAGGACAUUAUUCACACAUUUCGGGAUUUACCUGGGGGACGAUCGUGUGGCUCAUCUCAUUCCGGACAUCCUGCCUGCGAUCACCAAAAACAAAUCUGUGAUUGCAAAGAUGGUAACAAAUAACCGCCUCAUCCUGGGGGCCAUCACCAAAGAAGCAAGCGUCAGAGUGGACUCUGUGGCAGAUUUUGCUUAUGGCUCCGAGAUCCUGAUCAACCAUGUGGAUAAAGUGUGCGCACAGCCUCCCUUAGAUGGAGACGAGGUGGCUCGGAGGGCAGAGAAACUCCUGGGCUCAGUCACCUACAGCCUGCUGUGGUACAACUGUGAACACUACGUCAUGUACUGCAGAUAUGGAAUGGCCAUCAGCUACCAGACAUACCAGUUCUGCACUACAAUACGGAAGAUCGUGUUCAGCAGACUGAGCGCCCUUUUGACUGCACUGUGUGGCGUGUGCACUGUGCUAUAUGUAGGCUGCGUGACGCCGCUGACGUUUGUACUCGUCCUGCUCGUCUCGUUCACGAUCUGGAUGGCAGCCUAAUGACCUCUGGAGAGACCGAGCUGAGAGAAAGGACUCUGGCCCAGUUUUUGCUGUGUUACUGAAAACACUGGGAAACAAUGUUUUUAGGUUGUUGUUUCAACUUCUUAUAUACGGCUGUUUUAAUUGCUUUCUUUUUUCUUGUAGUUUUCUGAACUGUUAAGUAAGCUGUGAUAUUACUGUAGUUUAGCGGGUUUAUUUAGCACAAAUGUAUUAUGACUCAGGCGCAAAACUUUAAAGACUUUGAAUAAAGCUCAAAGACAUUUAAAUUAAAUAAUGACCGAGAUAUAUGACAGAGUACAGGGAUGAGCUGUGCAGUAAGUGUGAUAGAUGGGUUCAAAGUGGGGGUGGAAUUACAUCAGGGAUCAGCUCUGAGCCCGUUCUUGGUUGCAGUGGUGAUGGACAGGUUAACAGAUGAGGUCAGGCAUGUCUUCAGAUGACACUGUGAUCUUCAGUGAGGGAGUGCCUGAAAGGAUGGAGUUGUGCUCUGAAGAGGAAUGAAAUUCAGUAGAAGACAGAAUACAUGUAUCCUAAUGAGAGAGAGACAGGUGGAUAACUGAAGGUGUAAUGAGUAGAGACGUUGAAGGUAGACGAGUUUAAAUACCUGGGGUCAACCAUUAAAAGGGACGGACAGUGCACAGGAGAAGUGAAGACGAGAGUGCAGGCAAGAUGGAGUGGGUGGAGCUGAGUCUCAGGGGUGAUAUAUGACCGAAGGACAGCAGCAAGAGGGAAAGAGAUGGUUUAUAAGAUGGUUGUGAGACGUGCUGUGAUGUAUGAUUUGGAGACGGUGGCACUGACAAGAAGACAGGAAGCUGAGGAGGUGGCAAAGUUCAAGAUGUUGAGAUCUUAAUUGGGAGUGAAGAUUAUAUAUCAGAGGGACAGCUCAGGUUUCACAGUGAGAGAGGAAAAGUUGAGAUGGUUUGGACAUGUGAUUAUGAUGGACAUUCUCCCCGAAGCAGCAGGAAAAGAGAAAGAAAAAAGAGGAGGUUUGUGCAUGUAUUGAAGCAGGACACGCAGCGGGUUGGUGUGACAGAAAAGGGCGCUAAGGAUCGGGUGAGAUGGAGGCGGGUGAUUUACUGUGGUGACGCCUAAAGGGAGAAAGAUGAUGAAGAAGAAGAUGAAUACAAUAUAUGUCAGUGUGAUGGUGUAUGCAAAUUGUAUUGUGAUAAGACUCACAGAAAUUACACAACUUGUUACUUUUGUAUCUUGUAGAAUAAAUUACUGUUUGUGUUUGUGGA